AAAACAAAUAUCAGUUUAGUUGUUUAAGAUCCCAAUAGUUGCUUAAUUCUGUCAAAAAAAGAACCAAGGAAAAUAAAUUCCUUUAUUUACUCUGACUCAAACCUUUUUCAAUGUUUUUUAGUUUUUAUUUUUGUUUUUGUGGAAAAUGAUUUCUAUGGGUUGAUUUUCCUCAGGGUUUCAGUCUUCUUUGGCUGUCACUUUCCUAUUCAAAACCGCCUUUUAUGAUUUCCAAGUCUGAAAAAAUAUAAUACCCAUUUCUUUAGACUUUCCGAUUCUUCUCUCCCUUAUUGAAAAACCAUUUCAAUUUCACUUCUUUUUCAUUCUCCAUAACUCUUUUUAUCUUAAGCUCUUUCGUCUUCUUCUUAUCUAACAACUUCUUCUCUUUUUUUUGUUUCUGUUUUGUCCCUUUUCUCCUCUCUGUACAUAGCAGAAAACACAGAGCAUCAUUAAUGGCUGCCAACAAAUUUGCUACCAUGUUGCAUAAAAACACUAAUAGGAUCACUCUUAUUCUUGUCUACGUCUUACUAGAAUGGAUUCUGAUCGUUCUCCUCCUUUUGAAUUCACUGUUUUCUUAUCUGAUCAUCAAGUUUGCUGAUUACUUUGGUCUUAAAAGGCCCUGCCUUUGGUGUUCUAGGCUUGAUCAUAUCUUUGAGCCAUCAAAGUACAAAUCAUAUAGAGAUCUUGUGUGUGAUGAUCAUGCCAAUGAGAUUUCUAAAUUGGGUUUUUGUUCAAAUCAUCGGAAACUCUCUGAAUCUCGAGAUAUGUGUGAGGAUUGCUUGUCCUCGUCGCCGUCGGAGAAUGGUGGUGAUGAAGUGAUAGAAAACGGCGAUGAGGAUUUCAAGUGUUCUUGUUGUGGUGUCAUGGUGGAGAAAAAGUGGAAUCUUCCUUGUUUCAUGAUUAAACCUUCCUGGGAGGUUUUGGAUUAUCCCCAGGAAGGAAAUUUAAUCACUGAAGGUGGAGAAAAAGUUGAGGGUAUUAAUGCAGAUGAGGGUAAUGCUUCAGAUGGAAUCAGAUCAGAUUUUGUGGCUGAUGAUCGUAAAGAUGAACAGAUGAUUGAAGAAAACAAGAGAGUUGGCAUCAUUUCUGAUGGUGAAGGUAUUGAACCAAGGGAAGUGGAAAAAGAGGAGUUUUCAUAUUUUGUUUCUAGUUUUGAUUGCAACCAAGUGGCUGCUAAUGGAGAUGAAGACGAUGUGGUUAUAGAGAAAGAUCAAUCAUCAGUGGAUGAAGGAGACUUAACUGUGUCAAUGGCUGACCAGGGGUUAACUCAAGUCACUUGUGCCAAAGAGGAGUCUCCUGAAAUUCUGAACAAGCAUCUGGAGUUUUAUAUCGGGGGGGAUGACUGCCAUUUGAUUCCAGUUGAAUUGAUGGAUUCUACUGCUAUGAGAAGCCAAAAAAUAUACGAGUUCACAGAGGAAGAUGAAGAUGUUGCUGGUACUGGAGAUGUUAUUUUGGACUUUGAUUCCCAGCAACCUGGGACACGAGUGGAGUUGGUUGUGCAGAAUGGUUGCAGUUCAGCGGAGAAAGUGACACCCCUUUCACCCCAUGUGAGUGAAGAGGAAACCAUUGAUGCAGUGGAUGAACCAAUGGAGCCUAAUGGCAAGGAGGGCUUUUCAACUCCUGCAGUGGAGCUAGAUUUGAUGGAGAAGGAAGAUGAUCAACAUGUUGCUACCACUCAAGCAAAUAUGCCCUCCUUGAAUGAAGCUGAUGAUGUUCAACCAAAUGCCACAACAAGAGAAGAGGAAAUCGAUUUAGAUGUUAAUCAAGCAAUAUCAAUAGGGACAGAUGUUGUGCAAUUUAAUGAAACAAUUGAAGAUAUUCAAAUACAACAUUUAUAUGAAUGCACACAAGGAGAUCCCUCAACCAGUUCUGAAUUACAUGCAGAUGCUGAUCGUGGCUCCAAGGAUGUUGAGGAAGAAACAAUGCAGCAGCUUAAAACUGCAACAUUUGAGAGUGAGACUAGUGACCAACCAAUGAAAAACCAUAUAUCAUUAUCUUCAGAGCUUAAUGAUAUUGAGGAAGAUAAAGUUCCGGAUACACCGACUUCCAUCGACAGUCUCCAUCUGUUGCACAAGAAAUUGUUAUUGCUUGACAGAAAAGAAUCCGGAACCGAAGAUUCCUUGGAUGGAAUUGUUUUCAGUGACAUUGAGGGUGGUGAUGGGGUACUGACUGUUGACAAGUUGAAAUCAGCAUUAAAAGCUGAAAGGAAAGCUUUAAAUGCAUUGUAUAGCGAGCUUGAGGAAGAGAGGAGUGCUUCUGCGGUGGCUGCAAAUCAGACAAUGGCAAUGAUAAAUAGGCUUCAAGAAGAGAAAGCAGCAAUGCAGAUGGAAGCGGUGCAGUACCAGAGGAUGAUGGAAGAACAGUCCGAGUAUGACCAGGAAGCCUUGCAGAUUCUGAAUGAGCUUAUGGUUAAGAGGGAGAAAGAGAAGGCAGAGCUCGAAAAGGAACUUGAGAUAUAUCGCAAAAAGGUGCAGGAUCAUGAGGCCAAAGAGAGAAUGAUGAUGCUGAGAAGAAGGAAAGAUGACAGCAUUCGAAGUGCAAGUUCUGCGUCUUGCAGUAAUGCUGAGGACAGUGAUGGAGUAUCAGUUGAUUUGAAUCAUGAAUCAAAGGAAGAAGAUAGCUUCGAGAACCAUCAAAUCCGAGAGGAUGUUAACCAGAAUACCCCUGCUGAUGCAGUUUUGUAUUUAGAGGAAUCAUUGGCUAACUUCGAGGAGGAGAGGCUAUCCAUUCUUGAGCAACUGAAGGUCUUGGAAGAGCAAUUGAUUUCAUUGAAUGAUGAAGAUAUAAAAUCAGUUGAGUAUUUGUACGAAGAGAAUGGUAAUGGCUUCCAUGAGAUUCAUAAUUUCGGCCAUGAAACAAAUGGGGUUGCCAAUGGUCAUUUCAAGGGAGUGAAUGGGAAGCAUCACCAAGACAAAAUAAUUCCCAUGGCUACAAAGGCAAAGAGACUUCUCCCACUUUUUGAUGCUACCGAUGCAGAAACUGAAGAAAAGAUACUGAAUGGACAUGAAAACGGCUUCAAUUCUGUUGCCUUGCAACAUACAUUACCUGAACUUGAGAACAAAAUGAUCACAAUAGAGGAAGAAGUGGACCAUGUUUAUGAAAGAUUACAAGCACUUGAGGCAGAUAGGGAGUUUCUAAAACAUUGUAUCAGCUCCUUGAGGAAAGGAGAUAAAGGGAUCUAUCUACUUCAAGAGAUUUUACAACAUCUUCGCGAUUUGAGAAGUGUCGAACUUCGAGUAAGGAGUAAUGGGGAUGUUGCUAUAUAGUUGCAUUCAUCAGAACACACUCGGAAAUCUAAUCGGUAUAUCAUAAUCUACAGUUCUUUGUAUCCAUAUCAUAGUGAAGUUACAAGUAAUGGUUGUUUAUUCUUUGUUGUUCUUUAAGUUAAUUGCAGAAUGCUCAAUUGGAGUUGCUUAACCACUGCAAAUCUAGUAUUAGAAAAGAAAAGAAAAGAAAAAAACACCAACUCGGGCGAUGACCAACAAUACAGGUGCCACAGUUCCCUAUAUUCAACAAUUGGUAUGGUCAUUUUGGAGAUUCUAGGGUCCAAGUAAUCCCAAAUUUUUUGUGGGUUUUCAAACUAGUCAUCACCUUUUUGAGGGGGGGGGGGGGACAAAAAGGAUGGUUGGGGGGGGGUGAAUGUAUGUGUUAAAAAUGAAGUCCAAAAGUCAAGCUGUCAUUUUUGUAUGUUGUUAGAAACUUGCUGGCCUGCAGAGCUGGAAUGUAUGAUCGAUCCAACAAACACUACUGUGCCAGAUUCAUAGCAAUAGUUUAUUCAGACAGACAGAACUGGGAAGCUCUUUUUUGUCAUGUUUUUUUAUAUUUAUUUAUAAUCUUGUUAGGGAAGGGAAAGAAAGGGGUAAGUAACCCCAUUUUCCUUCUCAUAUUUUGCAUCAUUUUCUUCUGGUGGGUCUUUCUAGGGGGCAGAUUUGAGUUACUUGUAAACUACAUGCAUCGAUUUGUAAGCACAUAUAAAGUGAGUGUUUGUUUA